AUGGCUCAGACAGCUGCUCAUCCAUCCUGGUGCUCUGGCCUUCUAGAUUCUCCUGUACUCCUCUGUGGCUCCGACUGUCCUGCACUGCAAACCGGCACCAUGGCUUUUGAGAAAAUUGGCUGUAUGCCCGAGCUGUGCCGCGCAGUGGAGGAAAUGGACUGGAUGCUGCCCACCGACAUCCAGGAUGAAGCCAUCCCCCUAAUUCUAGGUGGUGGUGACGUUCUGUUGGCGGCUGAAACAGGCUCUGGCAAGACAGGCGCUUUCUCCUUGCCCAUCGUCCAGAUUGUCGCCGAGUCUCUGCAGGAAGGCCCCGUGCCCGCAGCUAAGCAGCGCGCCACUUCCCGCCAGCUCCGCAUGAGCGCUCUGGAUCGGGACGACAACUUUGCCGUGGACGCUGCCGGCCUGCUUUGCCAAGCCCGUGAAGCCCACAAGUGGCAAGGUGGUCGUGCCACCGCUGGUGCUCUCAAAGGCAAACACUACUAUGAAGUCACUGUCACCGACGAAGGUCUCUGCCGCGUCGGCUGGGCCACCCAAUCGGCCACGCUAGAAACCGGCAUUGACGAUCAGAGUUUUGGCUUUGGAGGGACCGGCAAGAAGUCAACCGCUCGCCAGUUUGAGGAUUACGGCGAGCCUUUUGGCCUCAAUGAUGUCAUUGGAUGUCUGCUGGAUCUUGACAACCAGACCAUGGCCUUUAGCAAAAAUGGCAAGGACUUGGGCAAGGCCUAUGACCUUCCUGCCUCUAUUCGAGGCCAAGCGCUUUUCCCUGCAUGUACGGUCAAAAACGCCGAGCUGCGUUUCUGCUUUAGCGGUGCCAACAUGAAGCACUUGCCUCAAGGAUACACGCCCAUGGGUGAUCAACCCACCACCCACUUGGCACUCACCCG